GAAAACGAAAGUGAAAGACGUCGCUUAUUGUGAAAUGAAACUUUUUACAUCGAUGUCCGAGUACGAUGUAUUUUCCUCAGAGCAUGGACAAUGAAGAUGAAGGGGGUUUCCAGGAGACUCCAGUCAGUGGGAAACAUUAUGAGUGGCAGCUGUCAGAUGGACAUCAGUGGCUCAAAAUUGAUAAUGACCAUGUGAUCGAGACCCACUACUGCCAACCUGGAGCUAAAGGAAUCACCAUCAACACUAGCCAUGGGCCGGUGUUCAUUGACUUUGAUAAGUUGCAGACUCACAACACAGGUCUAAACGUUCAUAGACUGAGCUUCGUACCUCAGGGCCAAACACAGGACGUGGGUUGGUACUUCAGAGACGAUCAGCUGUGGCGUGAAUAUGGAUCCCAGGGCUCCACCAUGUUGUCCUCAUCAAUCAGCAGUAGAGACAUUGAGCAUCAGUUCACUCUCAACCCUCAGGGAGCCUUCACCUUCACAGUGGGCUCUACAAGCUACAGACUCGACUUCUCCACCAUGACCCAAACAAACUGCAUCACAGGUUUGUGCAGGAAUGUACGCAGGCGACCAAAAUUCACUUCCAGCACCGGGAGCCUGUACUCCACCUUAGUCUUACCCUCAGCUUCCUCCUCCCAGCCCGCUGAUGGAAGCUACAAGUGGGAAUUCAUGGGAGAUGAGGGGGAAUGGACAGAAUACCAAGCACAUAUAUGUUCGUUUGACAGCACUGCCAUUGAGACACAAUACCAGCUGAACCCACAGGGCCAGCUACACUUUAAGAUCAAGAGAUACUCGUACACGCUGGAUUUUCCAAGAAUGUGUCAAGUCAAUAACCAAAUCGGGACUACGAGAACAGUGAGGAGGACUUUAAACUACGGCAACCAACAGAACAGCAGUUCCAGCACGAUGCCGCGAUGGCAGUUCCAAGAUAUCGGUGGAAUAUGGAAGGAUUACUCCAAAGGAUAUCGUCACUGCAGCAUUUCCAGUCAGGACAUCGAGCUCCAGUACCAACAGAACCCAUCAGGCAUAAUGAAAUUCACCGCCAAGAACUUCAGCUAUGAGCUGGACUUCUCAGCCAUGACCCAGAGAAACCUGUCCACAUGCACCGCCAGGUCAGUGCGACGACUUAACCAGUGACAGAAUCAGAGGUCGGGAUAACUUAAUGUUGAUUUUACCAAUUGCUUGCCUCAGGUCACAUACUGGAAACAUUCAGUAAUGUUUUUCACAAGCUGCCUCCUCUGUCUGCUGUCUGGACGAUCUUACACAGCAGUUAUUUAAACAUAGGAUAUUUACUAAAAGGUGUCAGGGAAGACUUAAAUCUUAAUUCAGCAGUGUCUGUGAGUAUAAUGCACUUUGUCCUGUUCCAAAAGCAUCUGAUCUAAAUUGUUGUGAAUGCAUUUUUUCCCUUAAUUUCUUUGAUCAUUUUUAACCUCAAACCAAAGAUUCAGUCAGUAAUCAGUGCACUUUUUAACGGUUUUCAAUGUUUACCUUUCUACAAGAUACCACUUUAAACCUAAAACCAAAGGGAAGUUAACUUCGAUGUUUCAUGUGAUACUGCCUAUUAAAUUGUGCAUGUUAAUAUCGAAAUGUUCCCUUAAUACUGCCAUGUAAUCAGCACACUUUGGCUUGUUUUUCUUUUCUAAAUUAAAUUUGUGUUUGUA